AUGGUGGAGCAGAGGGAAAUGGAAAAUAACAUAGUUCAAGUAUCUAAUUUAAGUACUCGUAAAGUACAAUGUAUAGGGCCACACUUUUUAAAAUAUUACAAACGGUUGCAAGGGCACUCUGAAUUUGAUGACACCAACGAAGAAAUAAACGAAGAUAUUGAAAAUACCGAACACGUUGUUUUCGAUGAUGAUGUGUCUUUUCUUAGAAGUCUAGAUCCUAAAGAUUGGAAAAAUCAAGAUCACUAUGCUGUUUUAGGUAUGAAAUGGCUUCGUUUUAAAGCAACAGAUGAUGAUAUAAAAAGAGCAUAUCACGCAAAAGUAUUGAAACAUCACCCUGACAAAAGAAAAGCAGCCGGAGAGGAAGUAAAACCUAGCGAUGAUUAUUUUACUUGUAUUAGUAAAGCUUGGGAAAUCCUUGGUAAUAAAGAUAAAAGAAGAUCUUACGAUUCUGUUGAUCCUUUAUUUGAUAACAGCAUUCCUUCCAAUAAUGAGCACUCGAGAAAUAAUUUUUUUGAAGUUUUUACACCUGUAUUCGAAAGAAAUGCUAGGUGGUCUGAAAAAACACCUGUGCCAAAAUUAGGAGGAAUGAAUUUACCUAGAGAACAAGUAGAAAAAUUUUAUUCAUUUUGGUAUAAUUUUGAAUCGUGGAGAGAAUACUCAUAUUUAGACGAAGAUGAAAAAGAAAAAGGACAAGAUAGAUUAGAGAGAAGAUAUAUAGAUAAGCAAAACAAAGCAGCUAGAGCUAAAUUAAAAAAAGAAGAAAUGUCAAGAAUAAGAUCUUUGGUUGAUACAGCUUAUGAAUUAGAUCCUAGAAUAAUGAAAUUUAAACAAGAAGAAAAGGAAAAAAAAUUAGCAUCAAAGAGAGCAAAGCAAGAAGCAUUAAAAGCGAAACAAGAAGAAGAGGAAAGAAUACAGAGAGAAGCGGCCGAGAAAAGUAGAAGGGAAAAGGAAGAAGCAGAAGCUGAAAAAAAGGCAAAAGAAGAGGCUCUCAAACAAGAACGAGAAGCAUUGAAAAGACAAAUGAAACAGAAAAGGAAAACAUUGAGAGAUAUGUGUAAAACGAAUAAUUAUUACAUAAAUGAUAAUUCCGAAUUAGUAGCACAUAUGACGGGUGUAGAAAAAAUUUGCGAAACGUUUCAACUCUCUGAAUUGACAGCAGUGAUUUCUGAAAUUCAAGAAAAGGGUAGAGAUGCUCUUGUACAAUCGAUAAAAGAAAUUGAAAAAAAAUUAGAAGAAGAAAGAUCUGCUCACAUAAAAGCAUAUUCAGGGAGCGAUAAAAAUGACAGCAGCAAUAGCAGCAAAAAAGAAUGGUCUAUAGAAAGUUUACAACUGUUGAUAAAAGCAGUUAAUUUGUUUCCGGCAGGAACGAAUCAAAGGUGGGAAGUCGUUGCUAAAUUUAUUAAUCAACACUGUUCGAAUAAUGUCGAAUUCACCGCCAAAGAAGUUUUGGCCAAAGCCAAAGAUUUGCAAAACAACGAUUUUACAAAGAACGUAUUAAAAGAAACGGCGAAUAAGAAAGCGUUUGACAAUUUCGAAAAGGGUAAAAAAGUUGCAAAAAGUUUAGAAGCUGUUGGUGACGUGUCAAAAACAACAGAAAGAUUCGAUACACCUGCCGAAUUACAAGGUCUGACUCCAUGGACUGCAAACGAACAAACAUUAUUAGAACAAGCUUUGAGAACUUACGGUCCGACAACUCCGGAUAGAUGGGACGAAAUAGCCAAAUGCAUUCCGGGCAGAUCGAAAAAAGACUGCAUGAGAAGAUAUAAAGAAUUAGCAGAAAUGGUUAAAGCGAAAAAAGCAGCACAAGCAGCAGCAGCAGCCAAAGCUUCUUCUUCUUCUUCUUCAUCAUCAACCGGAAAAUAG